UUGGAGCGUCAACCAAUGGCAUCGCGAGGCAAGUCAGGUGCGCAAUGGCCGGCGUCCCGAGAUGCGAGACGGACGUCGAUGGGUUCCUACGCCGGUACCCAACGUACGACGGACGCAACACGAUCGUCGCGAUCUUCGACACAGGCGUCGACAUGGGCGCCGCCGGUCUUCAUGUGACCACUGACGGCAAGCCCAAGCUGCUCGACGUCAUUGACGCCACGGGCGCGAGUAUGUUCAUCGAGCUUGCUAGUUGCGACCAUGCCUUAUGCUGCGAUGCUCUGUAGAUGAUGUCGACAUGUCGACGGUCGUCAAGGCCAAGGAUGGCAAGCUCAAGGUCGGCAAGAAGACGUGGACGCUCAACCCAUCGUGGACCGCCGUCGAUGGCUCGUACCGCAUCGGCUCCAAGCGCGCAUACGAGCUUUUUCCCGCGCCGCUCGUCAAGCGCCUCAAAGCCGAGGCCAAAGACGCCUUUCUCACAUUGCACCGCGCGGCCAUCGACGUUGUCCAGGCCAAGUUGGUGGCGUGGGAGACGUCCGAGCGUACGGUCGACGUGCGCCGUGACCUACUGGCACAGCUCUCGAUCCUCGACGAAUCGGCCAAGAGCUUUGACGACAUGGGGCCUGUGUACGACUGCAUCCUCUUUUUUGACGGGAGCGAGUGGCGGGCGGCGAUCGACGACUCGGGCAACUGCGACUUUGGCGCGAUCGAAGCCAUCGGCGUCUAUCACAAGCGGUGCGAGUUUCGCUGUUUUAGCGACGCCUCCCAGCUGCACUACGCCUUCAACGUCUACGACAACGGCGACGUCCUUAGCAUCGUCUGUGACGCCGGGUCGCACGGCACGCACGUCGCGUCGAUCGCGGCCGGUCACGACCCAGAAAACGCAGCCAACAAUGGAAUUGCGCCCGGCGCGCAGCUCGUAUCGAUCAAGAUUGGCGACACACGCAUGGGGUCGGCCGAGACGGGCACUGCCAUCUCGCGCGGUAUCCUCGCGGUCCUCCAGCACAAGUGCGACGUCGUCAACAUGAGCUACGGCGAACACGUCGUACAUCCCAACCACGGCCGAUCCGUCGACCUCAUCAACGAGCUCGUCCACGACCACGGCGUCACGUUUGUAGGCAGCGUGGGCAACGACGGCCCGGCGCUCGGGACGAUCAAAGGUCCGUGCGGGCUCUCAUCCAGCGUACUCGGUGUCGGCGCGUACGUUUCACGGGACAUGAUGUCCAAUGUCCACAGCUUGUGCCCGCCGUUCGCCGAGUCGACGUUGUAUACGUGGUCGUCGCGCGGCCCGUCGUUAGACGGCGACAAUGGCAUCUCGGUCGUCGCACCCGGUGGUGCGAUCACGUCAGUGCCCCAUUGGACACUGAGCAAGCAGCAGCUCAAGAACGGAACGUCGAUGGCCGCGCCGCACUGCGCGGGCGUCCUUGCGCUUCUCAUCAGCAGUCUCAAGGCGCAGCAGAUUCCAUACCACCCGUACAGUCUCCGACACGCUCUCGAAGCGACAGCGACGCCAUUGCCGGGUGUCAGGGCCCAAGAACAAGGCUGCGGCUUGGUCAACACGCCAGGAGCGUUUGACCACGCGGUGCGUCAUGGCCCUCGCCUUUCUGAACAACCGUGGUUCCUGGACGUGCGCGUGACGUCGCCAGGACGACCGACGGCGCGGGGCAUCUGCCUCCGCGAGCCGUUCGAGGUGACGCCGGCGCGUGUCGAGCGGACGAUCAAAGUGACACCAGUCUUUCCAAAGGCGGCGCCAAACACCGACCGGGUCGCGUAUGCAAAAACGUUGCGUCUGGUCGCGACGCAGCCGUGGGUGCGCGUGCCGUCGAUGCUGACGCUGUGCAACGACGGCCGGUCGUUUGUCGUCUCGAUCGAAAUCGAGCACUUGGCGACGAACGAGGUCCAUGACGCGCAGAUCCUGGCGUUUGAGACGCCAUCUGACACGAGUCCGUGCAUGCGCAUUCCCGUGAAUGUCAUCAAACCACUCCCGGUCACUGACGGCGUGUCCGUCACGGCCUCGGUGGCGCCCGGGAAGGUGCAUCGAACGUUCCUCACCGUGCCACCAGGAGCGACGUGGCUGAACCUCUGCGUCGCGACGCCGGACAGCCAGAGUCCUACGACCGUACUGCAUCUCAACCAGUACGAAAGCAUGACGCGCCCGAACGCCAAGUACCUUCACAAGCGGUUCGUACCGGACCUCGCAGCGGACACCGGCGUCAGCAUGAGCGUCCGGGCGGACGCGACGCUCGAGCUCGCGAUUGCGCCAUUUUGGAGCACAUCAGGGGGUCCCGUCACGCUGCGCAUCGACGGUGUCUUUCGCGGCAUCCUCCCCGACCCGUCACAGGUGACGCUGCACGCCGGCGACGGCACCACGCGCGUCGACCUAAAAGCAAUAUUGCGCACCGAGACUUUGCUUCCGGACGCCAAACUGCAGCGCUGGACGCAGCGUCUUCGGCCGACGAGCGCGCACGUGUCGCCGUGCUCGUCGCGAAGUGCGUGGUCCGACCACCGUAGCAUCUACCAACUCGUGCUGAGCUACAAGGUGACACAAGUCGACGACGGUCGCGUCAUUUGGCGACUGCCGCUGCUCAACGGGCAGCUGUACGACUCGCCGUUCGAAGCGCAGCUCCUCAUGGUGUUUGAUGCGCUGAAGAACCUCGUCGGCACUUCGGACGCGUACCCGACCGAGAUGACGUUGGCCAAAGGGACCUACGUUGCCCGUAUUCGGCACCACGAGUACUCUGUUUUGAACGGAUUGAUGCAGAGCCUCUUGCUUGUCGAUCGCAGUGUGAAAGACGUAGUGUUGCCUGUCUACGCCGCCGCCGAGAACGCGUCCCUUCAAGCCAAGCCAAUGGCGACGACGGUGCUGGCCAAAGGCGCCGCGCUACCCAUCUUUGUCGGAGAGCCUCCGAUCGAGAAGCUCCCGAAAGGCGUCGCCCCCGGGGACGUCCUCACGGGUCGCAUCACAUAUGGGAAAAAGCAGCCCGAGACAUGGCGCGGCGCGAGUUGCAAGCCUGAUGGCUUUGCUCUGACGUAUACCGUGCCGCCGUCCGAGACCAAAUUCAAGGAGCCGGAAGCUAAGGACGCCAAGAGCCCAGACGACGACGAUGCCGACACGGAGAGUGCCGAUGCCGACGCGCUGCGUGAUUUUCUCGUGACCCGGGUCACCAAGAAAAUCGGAAAAGACGAGUUUCUGCCCCAGUGGCAACAUCUCAUGACCUCGUACCCGGGGCACCUGCCGCUCCUCCGCGCGCAUCUGCAGCAUCUGGAUGUCGAGAAGACGCGUCUCGACCACUUGAGUGCAAUCGUGGCGGCCGCCGAUGCCAUUUUGGCGCAGCUUUUGCCCGAGCUCCCGACGCUGGCGGCGUACUAUGGGCUCAGGGCCCUGCCGUCAUCGCCCGCGGCGUUGCGCAAGGAGAACGACAAGAAGAAGGCGCUACUUCUCGACGCACUUGGUCGCAAAGCCCGAGCCCUCGCCGACGCGGCGAAAGACGUCGAGUUUGCGUCGACGUAUACCCUUCUGCAGCAGUGGGCGUCGACAAAUUCCGAUGCCAAGCACCUCCACGCAGCGCUGUAUGACGACACGCGACGUGGCUUUUACGGUCUUGCUCUUCAGCGUUUGUACACGAUGACGUCAAGCAGUGAUAAACCGAGCGCGGCCAAAGAGAUUCUGGACAAGAAAAUUGCGCUCUGCCGUACGCUCGGGUGGGCGCAUCUCGCGUCGACCCUCAGCGCGGUCACCCCAAAGGAUUAUGCGCCAUUUUAG